AUUUCAGUAUUUCAUUGCAUGUUAAUGUUUUUAUACGGUCACACUUAUUUUCUUGCCGUCACACUGUUAACAUCCACAAUGGCGAAUACAUCAAGUACCGGCGUUGUGGUGCCACGAAAUUUCCGCUUACUGGAGGAGCUGGAUCAGGGCCAGAAGGGUGUAGGCGAUGGCACCAUCUCGUGGGGUCUGGAGAACGACGAUGAUAUGACGCUCACCUACUGGAUCGGCAUGAUCAUUGGUCCGCCUAGAACACCAUUUGAGAAUCGAAUGUAUUCACUAAAGAUUGAGUGCAACGAACGCUAUCCGGAUGAGCCGCCCACGCUAAGAUUUUUAACUAAAGUUAAUAUUAAUUGCAUUAACCAGAACAAUGGCGUGGUUGAUCAUAGAUCAGUGCCCAUGUUGGCCCGGUGGAGUCGUGAUUACACUAUAAAAACGAUGCUGCAGGAAAUCCGUAGAAUUAUGACCAUGAAAGAGAACCUGAAGCUGGCACAGCCGCCAGAAGGAAGCUGUUUUUAGUCGACAACAUCCAGCAAACAACACCAACAGCAACCCCGGCAGAUGCAGAAACAACCAGAGCCAGAGCCCCCACAGACACACUCACAGCAGAGCAACACCAGCAAACAAUAUCAGCCGGAAUCUAUACAGCCAUGAAUCUAUACAGAAGCAAGCUGUGUGUGGCAUGCGCCUCUGAUCUGCGGCAGCCGCGGAGAUGAUUGAGAAGAUGAUGAAUGAGAAGCGAGUGGUUAUGUGGCCCGUUGAUGCUUGCAGCAACGGCAACCAAAAACCAAAUGCAAGUUAUACUAUAAGUAACAAGAUCAGCAAAGCAAACAAACACGUCACUAUAAUGGUCGUGGUCGUCGUCCCUUCCGUCAUAAACUACUGUCAUCAUGUGUUUGGUUACUUUACUUCUACUCCCCAAGCCAUCCACCCAGCCAGCCGGCCAGCGAGACCCCACAGCAACAACAACAACAACAACAACAACGAUCCUCCCUUCUUAGCUAAGAAACAAAAACCACAACAGAACCACAAAACCAGCAAGAAGUAGAACACACAACAACAACAAAAAGCCUACGAAAAACGAACCGAAGUUCAGUUUAUUAUUUAAUUACUUCACUCACGCGCAUACACAGAGUUUUUCAACAAAAUAAAUACAAAAGGAGAGGAAAGUAAAUCCGUAAAAAAGUAAGCGUAAAAGUAAACGUAAACUAAUCGAAAAGCAGAGAAAUGAAAAGAAAA